AUGCAAAAGAUCAUUGAUUUCAAACAAAAUGGCAAUACAUUAGUUAAAUUUAUUGAAAACACUUACGAAACACAAGAGCAAAUCAAUGAUAUUACACAUGAAGAGAAAUACAAUCCUCAACUUUUUGAUCUUGCUCAAGGUCUUGUCUUUCGAUGUCAUAUCAUUUAUUACAAACAGAUCUCUUCAAAUCAUCUUCUUUCUGAUAAAGAUAUACUGAUCUUCAAUUUCCAUCACGCUCUAUUUGAUUUUCCAUCAAUGAGAGUGUUUCAUCAUGAUCUUAAUCAAGCAUAUACAACAGGUCAACUACUGUAUGAUGACAAAACUAAUCUUCGCUAUCUCGAUUAUGCUGUUAUUGAACAACAAAUGUCAAUGACUGGUGCAAGUAUGUUUUGGCUUGAUGCUCUUCAUGAUUGUAAACUUGAUCAACCUUUGUCACUACCAUAUGAUCGACACCGUCUCUCAAAUGAACAUCGAAGUGGUCGUGGAACAACUAUUUCAUUUGAUUUUGGUCAAGAUCUUUCACAUGACUUUCUUACCCGUGCAUCAUCAAAUAAUAUAUCACUUGAGCAUCUUGCACUCGCUACUUAUUAUGUGUUUCUAUUUAAACUAACUAAUGGACAAACAGAUCUAUGUAUUGGAAUGACUGUCAACAAUAGAUAUAGUGAUGAAUUGAAAUCAAUCAUUGGAUUGUUUGAGAAUGUCAUUCCAUUACGAUGUCAAUUAGAUCCUCACUGGUGUUUUCAUCAACUACUCGAGCAUGUUCGAGAGAUAACAACAAAUAGUAUGAAAUAUUCAUAUUUUCCUCUUCAACGUAUUCUCAAUCAACAUCCACACAUUGCAAAACAUGCAUUUUUGGAUACAUCUCUGGAAUUUAUAUCAUCCAAGCAUAAUAAUACGGUGAUGAUUGGUGGUUCUCACCUUCUCUCAGGAUCGUGCUCAUUUAACGACAAUGAAGAGAAGAUGUUAAGUAUAUCCGACUUCUCUCUUUCAUUUCAUCAUGAUAUGAACAUGAAUCAACUGUCAUGCACAAUCAAUGCAUCACUUGAUUUGUUCACUCGAGUGACAGUAGAGAAGAGUUCACAACGAUUUCAUUUCAUCAUAAAUCAAUUAUCUGCAUCUAUGAUCGACAGUCAAAUAAACAAACCUACCUAUGAAUUAUCAUUAAUAUUGUCAAAUGAACGAUAUGUAAUGCAAUCAAUGAACAAUACACAAGUAUCAUUUUCAUCUCCUGUCACUUGUAUUCAUUACGGAUUUACUUAUCAAGUAAGGAAACACCCACAAAAACUAGCUGUUGAAUUGGAUGAACAAUCUUUGACAUAUUGUGAACUCUUGUAUUAUGUUCAAGUCUUAUCUUUAACUCUUCUUAAUGAAUAUCAUGUGUUUCCAGGUGAGGUUGUGUGUCAAUGUGUUGAGCGAAGUUUAUCAAUGAUUAUUGGUUUAUUAUCAAUUGAAAUAAUUGGUGGUGUUUAUUGUCCAUUAUCACCAGAAAAUCCCAAACAACGUCUCCAAAAUCUUGCAGAGCAAACACAAGCUCGUCUUAUACUUGUUCAUUCAUUAACAAAUCAGAUACUUAAAAAUAAUUUUAUUACAUAUGAUAUUGAUACAGCUAUAAACAUUAAUGAUAAAAUUACAAAUGAUGAUCUUUAUCAAUUAUCAAAUAUUUCAAUAACUCCAGAUAAUAUAUCAUAUAUUGUUUUUACAAGUGGCUCGACAGGAAUACCAAAAGCGGUCCAAAUACGACAUCGUAACUUAACUGCUUAUAUGCAAAGUCUUGUCAAAAUGACAGCAUUUAAAAAAAGUGACAAUGUAGUACAAAUUGCAAGUUGCUCUUUUGAUAAUCAUUUUCAAGAUAUUUUUGUAACGUUAAUGAUUGGUGCUGGUUUAGUUAUGUUACAUCCUCAUGGUAAUAAAGAUUUAACUUAUUUUAUUCAUCAAUUAAUGGACAAAGAUGUAACUGUUUUGGAAGCUGUACCAAGUUAUCUUGAUACAAUAUGUCAACAUCUCGAAAUACAAAAUGAAAAUGAAUGUUUAAAGAAAUUGCGAACAUUGAGUAGUGGAGGUGAUGUUUUAACAAAUCAAAUAAUGUCGCGUUUGAAAAAAUAUGCAUCUGCACCAUCAUCAUCGUCGUCGCUUGAUGGCUGUCGACUAUGGAAUACGUAUGGACAAGCCGAAGUAACAAUUACUACAACAUAUUUUCAAGUAGGAUUCGAUUUUGAUUGUGAUAAACAAGUGAUGUCAAUUGGAAAACCGCUUCCUAAUUAUCAAUGUGUAGUUAUGAAUGAAUAUUUUCAGUUUGUUGCUGUUAAUCAAGAAGGUGAACUGUUUGUUGGUGGUGCAUGUGUAUUUGCUGGAUAUUUUGGUCGUGAUGAUUUGACAGCAAAAAUAUUGGUGGAGAUUAAUAACGAAAUAUUCUAUCGAAGUGGUGAUCUUGUUCGAUAUGAUCAUCAGGGCUUUUUUUAUUUCAAAGGUAGAAAAGAUCAUCAAAUAAAACUACGAGGACAACGUAUUGAAUUGGCUGAAAUUGAGAAAUGUCUUAUGAAUACAUCUUCACUUGUAUCUGCUUGUACUGUUAUUAAAUGGAAUGAACAACAUUUAGUUGCUUAUGUACAAUGUAUUGAUGUUAAUGAAGAAUUAUUACUUCAUCAGUGUCGAUCUCAUCUUCCGUCAUACAUGGUACCAUCAAUAUUCAUUUUACUCGAACAAUUUCCGUUGAAUCAAAAUGGAAAAAUAGAUCGAAAACUUCUUCCGCCACCUCAGUUCUCAUCAAUACAUCUCAUAAACAGUGAAGGACUAUUACUACCUACAAAUGAUACUGAAGUUAGUAUUCAUCAUAUUUGGUGUGAGAUAUUCAAUCAGAAUCAAAUCUCAAUUGAUACAAAUAUAUUUAUUAUUGGUGGUCAUUCAUUACUUAUGAUGCAACUUUUUCAUCGAUAUAAAAUCGAAUUUCAAUUAGAACAAAAGCAAAGUAGCUUCUUAAUAUCUACUCUAUUUCAACAUCCAACAAUUAUCGAUCAUGCUCAACUCAUUCAACAAUCUAUCAAUACCAUCCACACUCUGCAUGAUUAUCCUUGGUCCUCAUUACAUCUCACUCAAGCUCCAGCAUCAUUUGCACAAGAACGUAUUUUCUUAGAUGAACAAAUUCGUUUUUCAUCUAAGAAAACGAUGAAUAAUAUGUAUGCUAUUCCAUUACUUUAUCGUAUAUCAUCUAUGAAUGAUCAUAUAUCAAUCACUCGAUUACAUCAUGCAUUUCAAAGUAUUAUUAGAAAACAUAAUAUUCUUCGAACAGCACUUUAUCUUGAUACAAAUAGCAAUAUUGUACAAUACUGUUUACAUACAGAUAUCAUACUCAACAAUGAUAUGAAAUCAUAUGGAUUAACAAUCGUUAAUCUCCAUAAUAAUGAUCGUCGUUAUAUGAAUGAAACUAUUGAAAAAAUAUUAAAGCAAGCUGAUUUAUUUGAUUUAUCAAAAGGACGUGUUAUUCGUUGUCAUAUUCUUCGUCAUUAUCAUCAAUCCGAAGACAGUAUCUUAUAUGAUAAUGAGAACCUGUUGACUGAAAAUGAUCAUAUAUUGAUUAGUAUUCAUCAUGCAAUGUUUGAUGGAGCAUCAACAUCAAUCUUUCUUCGUGAUCUUUCUCUUGCUUAUCAGUCUGAUGGCUCAUUAUCUAUGGAUGAUAACUCAUUGAAUUAUAUAGAUUAUUCUGUUUAUGAACAUAUCAUGGAUAUGUCAUCAUCUCAAGAAUUUUGGCGAUUAGAACUCAAAGGAUAUAAUCUGACGCACCAGUUGUCAUUGCCUGUAGACCGACAACGUUCAUCCAUUAAUCAACAACGAUCAGGCUUAGCAUCCACAGCUGAAAUUACGUUUGAUAAUGAAUUAUGCACAUCAUUUCUAAACUAUGCAUCAUCACAUCAUCUCACACUUUUUCAACUUGGAUUAUCCAUAUUUUAUGUUUUCAUAUUCAAACUAACUCAUGGUCAAACUGACUUAUGUAUAUCUUCUAUCAAUGCUAAUCGAUAUCGAAGUGAAUUAGUGAAUAUGAUAGGAAUGUUUGUGUCGACAUUACCAUAUCGUUUAGAAAUUGACUCUGAUUGGUCAUUUGAUGAAGUGGUUGAACAUGUACGAGAAAAAUGUUUAUCAAUUCUUGAACAUUCUCAUUAUCCAUUACAACAUAUUCUUGGUGAUAAUCGAUUAAACCAAUCAAAUGUAUCAUUUCUUGAAACAGUGUUUGAUUUUAUUACUCUUUCAAAAGAUAUGGGACACUUAUGUUUGAAUGAUGCAAAUUUAGAAGAAGUAUCAUUCAAACAAUCUGCUGGAUUAUCUAAAUUUGACUUCUCAUUAACAUUUGUAUACAAUCCAUUACCAGAUAACAAAAGAUUAUCAUGUAUUUUUGUUUGUUCACAUGAUUUAUUUGAAAAAUCAACUAUUUCACAAAUAGCUGAAAGAUUUCACUAUAUGUUUGACCAACUGUGCCAUACACAAUCAAGCAACGUUCCUGCGAUGAAUAUGAGUUCAUCGAUUAACAAAGUAUGUCUUAUUCUUCCUGAGGAAGCUGAAGAAAUAAAGUUAGUCAUGUUUCAUCGAUUGAAGGAUAUUGUGAAUGAAGCACCAGCAUCAUUUGCACAAGCUCGUAUAUGGCUUGAUGAAAGAAUUCGAUUCGAUCCAGACAAGCCACAAGUAGCAAUUUAUAAUAUGCCUUUUGUUUACCGUCUUCAACCAGAUCAUACUUUCUCGAUUAAACAACUUCAUCAUGCACUUCAUCUCACUGUUAACAAACAUCCCUCGCUUCAUACAUCACUUCAUUUUGAUAUCGAAAAGAAUCUACUUAUGCAACGAGUUAUUACUCAUGAAGAUAAAAAUAAUAAUGAUAGUUUGUUUUCAAUCAUCGAAACUACUUAUGAGACAGAUGAACAACUUAAUGAGAUUUUACAUAAUGAGAAACGUAAUCCUCAUCUUUUUGAUCUUGCUCAAGGUCUUGUGUUUCGAUGUCAUUUUGUUUAUUACAAACAAAUCUCUUCAAAUCAUCUUCUUUCUGAUAAAGAUAUACUGAUCUUCAAUUUCCAUCACGCUUUGUUUGAUUUUCCAUCAAUGAAAGUAUUUCAUCAUGAUCUCAAUCAAGC